AGUGGACCACAGCACGGACACAUCACCGCCCCGUCCUCUCUCCUGCUCCACAUACCACAGCAGCAAGCAAACUCACGCCAAUCUCUCUCCUCUUUCUCUCUCUCUCUGAAAACUCGAGAAAGAGAGAGAGAGAGAGGGAGAGAAGUAAUGUCGAAUCCUUUACCCCACUCCUCCGCCGCCGCGGCCUUCGCGGCCUCUGCCACGAAAUCCUCCCUCAAGAACAAUGUCCGAUGCGUUUCCGCCGCCGCUUUCUCCCCUUUCGAAACCCUAAGGCUAAGAAGGAUCCAACAUCGAGGAGUUGAAGCUGUAAAGGCUUGCAAAUCUGGUUUUACACCUUCAAGUGGUGAGGAUAAAGUUUUGGACGGAAUUCUUGAAUGUUUGGAAGUGGAAACAAACACCAACAGUCCUGGGACAUCAUUCUUCGCAAAGAUAGCGAUUGCUCUGGGUAUAGCAGCAACAGUUAUCCUGAUAUCAAUAUUUGCAAAGUGGUCUCCUUCAGGAUCAUCGCACAGCUUGCCACUUUUUUUUGAUAGUUCAUCACAAUCAGUUCCAGUGACUUCUCCUGUUGGUUUCAAUUUGAAAAUUUUUGGUUAUAAUAUCAUUAUUCCGGAAUAUACUCCAGGGUGGGUCUACUUUUGGUUGCUUAUGGCUGCUGGCUGUGGACUAUUUAUUAGUGAAGAAGCGUUAAAUGUUUGGGUUGGAAUAUCUAUAGCACGGACUCUGACUCUGGAUGGUAAUUGGCAAGCAUUUACUGCAUCAUUUUCAAAGAAUGCUCCUUAUAUUGUGUCAACAGUUCUAUGGGUAUACUGGGGAGUUUGCAUCAGUGAUCUGAUACCUUAUUACCUAGGGAGAAUGUUUAGAAAGACCAAGGCUUCUGAAGAUAUAUGUACUAAGUUGGGGAUUGACAAGGAGAAAGUAGAUAGGAUAGCUCAGGCAGUACAGAAAUAUGGCAACUUAAUUGGCUUUGUGGAGCGGUUUUCCCUGGGAGUUCGAAAUCCUACUGCAUUUCUGGCAGGCGCAUGGGGCAUAUCUUUAGACUGCUUUUUUGCUGGAGUUUGUGGUGGCGGUCUAAUUACUCUUUCAGUUCAGCUGGCAAUUGGAUUCCUAUUGAGAGAACGGCCAGCAGUGGCGCUUGCUGGUGUUGCAACAGUUGUGGGCAUCUGGACAGUAUUUCCAUAUCUAUUUGCAGCUGCAACAGGGUUGUUUCUUUUCGUUAGGAGGCAGCAACCCAAUCAAUGAUAGGAUUAAAUGAUUACAGUUUCAAAAUGACACAAAAAGUACUGAUCAGACUGCAUGAUAAAUUGUCGUGGAGCCUAAGAUAGACGGUCCUUUAUACUUUAAUUCAUAUGUAACUCUUUUCGAACAGCGAGUUAGAGCUCAGAUAAGCAGCGUGAGAGCAGCAUGAGAGUUGAUCUUUGUAGUCAAUCGAUUAUAUGUAGCGUGUUUAUGUAGAGACUUUGGGAAUUAUCCCAUUGUGAUAUUUACUGAUCACCGUGACCUGGUUAAUCUGAGCAUGGGUAAAUGAUAACGCAACAUAUGUUUCUUUUUCCUCUAUUCUCUGCGUUGUAAAACUUUGCCUCCAAACGUGCGGCAAGAAAAAGUAUUAACAGAGAAGGUUUGAUCA